GACAGUAUGGCACACCUGGCUGAACCUAAAUGGACUCAUAUGUUCCCUAUGUUGGUGGUUUCGCUGGUGUACUCUGCAAAAGCUGAGUAUUCCAACUGUGGUGAAAAUGAGUACUACAACCAGACCACUGGGAUGUGCCACGACUGUCCCCAGUGCCAGCCCGGAGAAGAACCUUACAUGACAUGUGGAUAUGGUACCAAAGAUGAAGACUACGGCUGCAUUCCUUGUCCAUCUGAGAAGUUUUCUAAAGGAGGUUACCAGAUAUGCAGGCGCCACAAAGAUUGUGAGGGAUUUUUUCGAGCUACUGUCAUGACACCUGGUGAUAAAGAGAAUGAUGCAGAGUGUGGGCCUUGUCUUCCUGGUUACUACAUGUUGGAAAACAGGCCCAGGAACAUAUACGGAAUGGUUUGCUACUCAUGUUUGUUGGCGCCUCCCAAUACCAAGGAAUGUGCAGGUGCUACCUCAGGCCUUUCACCCAUUUUCCCAAGUACGUCUGGCACAAGCACUUUCUCACCUUUCCAGCAUGCACACAAAGCAGAUCUUUCAGGACAAGGUCAUCUGGCUACUGCUCUUAUCAUUGCCAUGUCUACUAUAUUCAUAAUGGCUAUUGCCAUUGUCUUGAUCAUCAUGUUUUACAUUGUGAAAACUAAACCUUCUGCUCAAGCCUGUUGCACCAGUCAUUCAGUAAAAACGGUUGAAGCUCAAGCCAAUAUGCAAGAAGAGAAGAAAGAAGUACAAGAAAAUGUAGUGAUAUUUGCAGAGAAAGAGGAGUUUGAAAAAUUGACCGCAACUCCAGCUAAGACUGUUAAGAGUGAAAAUGAUGCCUCUUCUGAGAACGAACGACUUUUAAGUCGCAGUAUGGACAGUGAUGAAGAAGCUGCAGUUGACAAGCAAGAGGCCCCAGAGAGGUGCUUGUUAUCGUUAGUUCAUUUGGCCAGGGAUAAAUCUUCAACAAACAACAAAUCAACUGGGAUUCAAAGUCGAAGGAAAAAGAUUUUUGAUGUAUAUGCUAAUGUAUGUGAUGUUGCAGAAGGUCUCAGUCCCACAGAACUGCCUUUUGAUUGUCUGGAGAAGACCAGCAGGAUGCUCAGCUCAACCUACAACACUGAAAAAGCCAUUGUGAAAACAUGGCGCCACCUUGCAGAGAGCUUUGGAUUAAAGAGAGAUGAAAUAGGUGGUAUGACAGAUGGCAUGCAGCUCUUUGACCGAAUCAGUACAGCUGGCUAUAGUAUCCCCGAACUUCUAACCAAACUGGUACAAAUUGAGCGACUGGAUGCUGUUGAAUCUUUGUGCGCAGACAUUUUGGAAUGGGCACAAACAUCACCUACACCUGCACUACCAGCUGCUUCCUGAUGGUCAUGCUUGUGAU